CACUAGCCAGCUUCUCCAGUUUCACUCCUCCCUGCUCCAUUCCCACCACAAUAACAACCAAGAUCAGGGCUCAAACUGUCUUCACAUGUCAUCUCUCCUCUGAAUCCAGCUGGUCUCUCCAAGGAGCUAUUUAUUAAAUUCAUAAAUAUUGCUGAAAUACCUCAUGCAAAUGCAAACGAUCAGAUAGAUAUACAACUUAUCUCCACAUGUGGUCCACCUGGAGGCUCAUGAUGCCCUUCAAGCUCGUCAUGCUCUGGAUCCUGGCUUCGGCUACUUGUGUGGAAGCCUUCCAUGGGAUGUACCCUCUCGGUCAGCAGGAGUUGCUGUACAAGAAGAGCAAGUGCAAGGCCAUCCCGGCCUCAAUGCAGCUCUGCAGCCACAUGGAAUACUCGGCCAUGAGACUACCCAACCUGCUGGGUCACGAAACCAUGGACGAGGUGCUGCAGCAGGCAGCCUCCUGGCUCCCACUGGUGCACAAGCAGUGCCACCCAGACACCAGGAAGCUGCUGUGCUCGCUGUUUGCGCCCGUGUGCUUGGAUGAGCUAGACGAGCCGAUUGAACCAUGCAGAUCCCUGUGUGAGGGUGUGAAGAAGGGCUGUGCUCCUCUCAUGUCUGCCUUUGGCUUCCCCUGGCCGGAUAUGCUGGACUGCAGCCGCUUCCCUGCGGACACCGAGCUGUGCAUCCCUCCGGCCAGUGGGCCACACCUUGUACCAGCUGCCAGAGAGGUUCCUAAAGUGUGUGAUGCUUGCAAAGAAAAAGUGGAGAAUGAAAAUGAAAUUGUUCACAGCCUUUGCAAGAAUGACUUUGCGCUGAAGAUCAGAGUGAAAGAGAUCUCCUACAUGAAUGGCGACACCAGAAUCAUCCCUGAGAGCAAGAGCAGGACCAUCUACAAGCUGAAGGGGCUCACCGAGCGGGACCUGCGGAAGACAGCGCUCUGGCUGAGGGACGGCCUGCAGUGCACCUGCGACGAGAUGAACAACAUCAACGCCGCCUACCUGGUGAUGGGCCAGAAUCUGGACGGACACCUCGUCAUCACGUCCGUCAAGAGGUGGCAGCGCGGCCACAGGGAGUUUAAGAGGAUCUCGCGGAGCAUGCGCAAGCUGCAGUGCUGACUGUG